GUGGCGCGGCGCGGGGAUGGCGGCGCCCGGCUUCAGCCGCCGCCUCCUGCUGCCGGCGCUGCUGCUGCUGGGCCUGGCCGCGCUCGCCUCCCCGCCGCCCGCCGCCGCCCAGCCGCCUCCCGCCGCCCUCCGCGCCGGCCACGCCGCCUCCUCGCUGCCCGCCGCCGCCGCCGCGCCGCGCACCAGAUACCUGUUGUAUGAUGUAAAUCCUCCAGAAGGGUUCAACCUUCGCAGGGACGUCUACAUCCGCAUUGCUUCCCUUCUAAAGACCCUACUGAAAAGUGAAAACUGGGUGUUGGUUCUGCCUCCCUGGGGACGCCUGUAUCACUGGCAGAGCCCUGACAUCCUUCAGGUCCGCAUCCCUUGGUCUGAGUUCUUCGAUGUCCCCAGCCUCAACAGGAACAUCCCUGUCAUUGAAUAUGAGCAGUUCCUUGCAGAGUCAGGUGGGCCCUUUAUUGAACAGAUUUACGUCCUACAAGGCUACGCAGAAGGAUGGAAAGAGGGAACAUGGGAAGAAAAAAUAGACGAAAGGCCAUGUAUUGAUCAGCUUAUGUACUCCAAAGACAAACAUGCGUACUACAGGGGAUGGUUCUGGGGUUAUGAGGAAACGCGGGGCCUAAAUCUCUCUUGUUUGUCUGUCCAAGGAUCUGCCUCAAUUGUGGCUCCCAUCCUUUUGAAGAACACUUCAGCACAGUCAGUGAUGUUAGACAGAGCUGAAAACCUUCUUCAUGACCACUACGGAGGGAAAGAUUAUUGGAAUACCCGUCGGAGUAUGGUGUUUGCUAAACACCUCCGUGUAGUGGGAGACGAGUUUAGAAACAAAUAUCUUCAAUCCACAGAUGAGGCAGACAGGACUCAUUACAAGGAGGACUGGACUCAGAUGAAGGUUAAGACGGGCACAGCUCGAGGUGGUCCAUACCUUGGGGUUCAUCUCAGAAGGAAAGACUUCAUCUGGGGUCACAGAGAAGACGUGCCUUCCCUACAAGGAGCAGUGAAGAAAAUCCGCAGCCUCUUGGAGACGCAUAAACUUCAAAAAGUUUUUGUAGCCACUGAUGCUGUCGAGGAGGAGGUUGAAUUGCUGAAGAAACUGCUGCCUGAGAUGGUGAGGUUUGAACCUUCUUGGGAGGAGCUGGAACUCUACAAGGAUGGGGGCUUGGCUGUGAUUGACCAGUGGAUCUGCGCACAUGCAAGGUAUUUUAUAGGCACCUCAGUUUCAACAUUUUCCUUCCGGAUCCAUGAGGAGAGGGAGAUUUUGGGAUUUGAUCCAAAAACAACUUACAACCGAUUUUGUGGUGAUAAAGAGAAAAACUGCGAGCAGCCAACUCACUGGAAAAUCUUAUAUUAAAAUACAGAGAAACCCAAGGACUUCAAUACUGGUGAGCUCAAAAGAAUAAGGAAAAACUACAGGGAAAUAGCAAACUACAACUCAGUCUGCCUUCUUCUUGGUGUUUACUUGACAUUUGGAUUCUGGAGUACAAGCAAUAUUCACCUUCUUAGCCAGGCACUGAUGGGAGUGAGGAAAAUGAAACCAGCCUCUGAUCCAGUUCUCAGCAUAGUCAGGAUUAGAGGACAACACUGGACACUGCAAUUGACUUGAAAACCAAAAUUUGUCCUGAAACUGAGUAACAAAUUAAGUUGAAGCUUUCUUCAAACUUCUGAAGAAGAGAAACAGUUUAACUUUUAUUAAUACAAACUUAACAGAGCUGUGGUCUGUACUGCAUUUCUGUAUUUAUUUUUCAUACUGUUCAGUGUUUGCCCACUGCCCCUCUGAUCUUGGUUUUGUAACCUGCAGAUUGUGCGUAAACUCUGCCAUUUCUAGGGGAAAUCAUCCCUUUUCAAAUAGUAAUUUGUGAACGUUCAAACUGAUGCAACUAGUGCUCGAUAAAAGGAGAGGAGGCGGUAUUUCUACCUGAACACCAGCUGCUUCUACUAGCAGUCUCUGUGCUGAGAGAGGCACAAAGCUGGGGCUUGCAGCGUGGUAAAAGAAAGGCUAUGUUUCUUCUUAUGUUUUACCUGCACAAAGGGAACUCUUUUUCCCCCAUCAUCCUCACAAAGGCUUAUUUAGUUGGAUUGCUGCAAAAGUCAGCACCCUUUUGGGGUCGCCCAUCACUCAGUUCAGCAACAGUGAUGCUUUGCAAGGGAGCCUUCUAGAAGGCCUUUCAAGUUUUUGCGUCAGUUAAAUGGAUCUUCCCAGUAAUUUAACAAAUAAAUUUCCGCUUUCAGUUUAUGCAAGAGAGCAAACUGAGGACAAUCACAGACAGCAAAGGUCAUUUGGCCUCCAAAUAAUGUGUAUAAGCUGAGCAGCAGGGAGCCCUGCAGGUGGGGUUGUGCUGGGAUGGAGGUACAGGGAAAGAGUCUGGAUCUGCACCACCAGCCAGAGGGAAAGGGCAGCUCCCAUUUCAGAAGGGUUUUGUGUGAGUACAAUUCUAGCUCUUGCAGUCUCGUGCUGUGUAGAAUUGGCUGCUGGAAAGUACUCUGCACCAUUGGGUACUUCAGGUGGGUCUUCUGCCCUGCAGGCCUACAUGGUUCUGUUAAGCAGGAGAAACUUUUCUCAAGAGUGGACUAGGAGACAGAUUUCAAAAGGUGAAGCAGAUAUUUUUCCUUAAAGUCUGUAUUAACAGAUUACUUUGCUGUUAGUUGACCCUUCACUUGCUCUUUCCUCUUGGCCUGAGUAGGAGUAUAUUUAACCCUCCUGCACUGUGCAGUGGACAUUUCACAGAUGCUCCCAGACAAUUAGGUUGUUUCCGCCCAUGCAACUGCAGCAGAAGCUGUGAAGACUUCUCAGACAGCAGGAGCAGCAGCUUGCCUGUUCUUCCCAGCUGUUGAUCGUACCUUAGUGCAGCAGCUGAGCCUCUCUGGUGACAAAGUGGGGAGCCCAGCGUUUCAGAGCAGUGCCUUUUCCCACUGAGUCAAAUGUUCUUGUGUAGCCAGUGCACCAUGUAAAGCGAUGGUGGCAUUUUACAUGUAAUGUAUACCUCGUUAAGAAAAAUAAAAAGCUUUGUAGCAUUUUA